AUGUGUAUCCAACCAGGUGGUGGAUGUGACGGUGGUUUUCUUUUUUUUUUUUUUUUUUUUUUAAUCUCGUUUUCCGUUCGUUUUUCCAGCAAAGGAGUUGAAGGUAUGCGGCAGCGUGAGAAGCGGCGGCGAGGUGUGCUGCUCUGCAGACAUGGAGGUGAGACUGCAGGCGAGGGCACGUGACAAACAUGAGAAAGCUACCAAAGAAACUCUUCAACGGUUGCACCAGGUCCUGUCUACGAGAGGGACCAGGUUCCACGAGGAACUGUUUGAUAAACCGUCCGGUUUGUUCGUUCUUUUUGCAGGUUUCUUCAGGGAUCUUCUUGCCAACAGUAAGAAGGUUUUCCACGAGAUGUUUAAGAAGACGUACGGGAUUCUCUACGAGCAGAAUUCGUUCGUAUUCACGGAUUUGUUCAAGGAACUGGAAAACUAUUAUGCCAAGGGAACGGUCGAUCUCGACGACACUAUGGAUAAUUUUUUCAACACGCUCUAUCAGAAGAUGUUCACGGUGCUGAACAGUCAGUACAACUUCGAUAACAAGUACUUGGAGUGCGUGGGAGAGCAUAUGAAGGAAAUUAGACCGUUCGGCGAUGUGCCUCAGAAAUUAGGGGUGCAAAUCAAGAGGUCCUUCGUUGCAACAAGAGCAUUUAGCCAGGCUUUAACCGUAGCGGCGGAUGUCUUGAAGAACAUGCAAUCGUUGAAACCGUCGGCGGAUUGUGCAGCUGCACUCACAAGGAUGACGGUGUGCCCGUCGUGCAGCGGGAUCACCGGCAACGUGUUAGCGUGCGGCGACAUGUGUGCCAACGUGAUGAAGGGUUGCCUCGCUCAGCACGCGGCCCUGGACGCUGAAUGGAAUCACUUCGUCGAGGCCGUAGACAAGGUGGCAGAUCGCCUGUUGGGCCCGUUCAACAUCGAAAUGUUAGUACGACCCAUCAAUCUGAAGAUCUCGGAGGCGAUCAUGAACUUUCAAGAGAACAGCAACGACGUCUCGCAAAGGGUGUUCACUGGUUGUGGCCGGCCAGUGUUAGGCAGGCGUAGACGUCGAGACAAUCGAGAAUUGGAGCUCGAAUCGUUGAAUUUCGAUCAGGAAACACUGACGGACGAUCGUGCCGCUCUUUUGGACAAAUUGGUGAAAGAGACACGGCAGAGGGUAAGGGAUUCGAGGCAAUUCUGGGUUUACUUGCCCUAUAAGCUUUGCAACGACGGCCUUGUGGUUCCUCCUAGCAAUACAAAGGAGUGUUGGAACGGCACACACGUAGAUAAAUACAUUUACCCAGUGUCCUCGAACGGGGAGGAGCAAAAAUUGAAUCCAGAAGUACGAGUCACCGGGACAAGGCCGACGAUAGUCAGGGACCAGGUCUUCGCAUUGACCACCAUCACGAACAGACUGAAGUCCGCGUACAACGGACAGGACGUCGAUUGGAUAGACACAGAGGACACCGAGUGGAACGGUUCCGGGAGCGGGUCCGGCGACGGCACGGAUCAAGAUCCGAUCACCGACGACGAGGACGGUUUCAAGGAAGGCUCCGGCUACGAGCCGAAGUCCUCGCCGCCCGAAGUACCGAAACAGUCUCCUCCGAUCGAUCAUCCGGAAGUCGUGCCACCCAGAGUGGACGUAGAGCAGAAGACGAGUAUCAACAGCAACAACAAGACGUCCAGCGUGGACAAUGGCGCGAGCAGACAGAAAAUAUCCUUGUCGCGUGCUUUGACAACGUAUCUCGUGCCCAUAGUGGUGAUGUGGUUCGAAAAUAUGGACCACUUAAGCAAUUUUUCUGAAACCAUGGGAGUUCCUUACGUUCGACAAAUAGGAGCACCCUUGUGUUUUAAAACAGCUUUGUCGGAUCAACGUGACUUAUUGCUA